AUCCAAAUAAAAAACAAUGAAAACCCAAAUAAAUGACGGAAGGAAUCCAAAAUCAAGCGGAUGCGAAGCAAGGCGAGCAGCUGAAUUGUUAUAAUUUAAGAAUAAUCUUCCGACCAGCCAACAUUUACAUCACAUACACAGAGAGUUGAAACUAUAGAGUUGCGGAAAUGGAAGACUUGCAGGAGUUUAAGAAGAACAACAACAAUGGAAACCGCAAAAGAAAGUCCCAAUCCCAUUCCAAUACAGGCAAUACUGAUCGCAGGAGUAAUACACUAACCUUCCCUCUGUUAAUGGCUGCCGCUCUCUCUCACUCUCAUACUAAUACCAAUACUCAUACAGUUGUGAAGGAUUGCUUAACCAAAUUCCUUUCCCAUCCAAUCCAACCCCACGAAGCCACUUGUAUUCUCUCCCUUUGCCCUCUCCUUCUCCGCUCCAAAUCCCCUCACAUCGCCACCCUCACCGCCCAAUUUGUUGGGGCGGUUUCUCUCCUGUCCUUUGAAGUGAAUCACCAGGUCGUCUCUGACUUUCACACGCUUAAGGCUUUGAUUUCUUUGAUACCCACUUCUCGAAAGGCCGUCUCCAUGGCUGCCUGCGAUGGCCUUUUGGAUAUUUGCUCUACUUGUCUGGGAAGACAACGGUUGCUCCAUUUUUCUGCUUUGGAAACUCUCAUGUUUGCAUUCCUUGAGGUUCAGGGAUCAUCAACACUGAUUUCUUUAAGCACUGGAGAUGAUGUAAAUAUUGCUUCUCUCAGGAUAGGCUUUCAGAAAGGUGAACUCCCAGUUUUACUUCUUAAUGCUGCCAUCAUUCUCAUAAACACAUGCAACAUUGAGCAAUUAAGAAAGAUCCCGAGCAAACUAUCUGAAUGUUUUUCUGUCUCUUUGAAAGAAGUGUGGAGAGAAGCUCACAAAAAAAUGAUAAACAGUGAUAUUUUGGGAGCUGGUCAAGGGAUGAACUUAUAUUUCAGCAAUAUUACCAUCAGUGAUCUGGCGGAAAGCAUUUUUAGGCUUUCCAUUAAUGUUGAUCAAUUUCCAGCUCUUAUGUCCAGUAAUAUUGUUGAAAGAAGAAUAUUUUGGUCUAGUGAGGAUGAUUUCAAACAUUUCAUAUUAAACCAGUGGGAGGUCUUACCUUGUGUUGUAAGAAGGUUCUCAAGUGCUUCAUUGGAGGUGGAUGAAAUAUUCACAUCCUUUAUGCAAUCUCUUUGUUUUAAAGAUUCAUUCCCUUUGGUUCUUUCUUCUAUCCUUCAAGAUCUAAUUUCCUGCUUGCCCAUUGAUUCAGAUGAGUUAGACAUCCUUAAUUUCCUGAUGGAGGUUAGAAAUAAAUUGGGAUGUCCUCUUAUCAAUGAACAAGACAUACGGGUUCUAAGAACAGAUAACCAAUUUAAACAAGAAGUGCACUUUUUUCAAGAAAAUUCAGAUUCUUGCCGUGUCAAGACUCCACAUGUUUUAUGUUUAGAUGAUAUGUUAAAGUGUCAAGAAGCAUAUAAUGAUGGUUAUACAGUAGCUUUACGUGGAAUGGAAUUCCGCUUUCAAAGGGUUGCCCUUAUUGUAGACAGGUUAGCUUCAAUCUUUGGUCAACCAUCGGCAGGUGCCAAUAUGUACUUAACUCCACCUAAUUCUCAAGGGUUGGCUCGUCAUUAUGAUGACCAUUGUGUAUUUAUCUGCCAAAUUUUUGGAUCUAAGCAGUGGAAAAUAUUUUCUCAGCUAAAUGGGCAGUUACCUCGAUUAUAUGACCCUUGUAACAUUCUAAAUAAUGAAACCAUUGAUGAUACAAGAGACUGUUAUAACUUUUUUCUUAAUGAAGGUGAUGUCCUAUAUAUCCCCAGGGGUUGUCCUCAUGAAGCAUGUACACAUUACGAUAAGCAAGAUGGAUCUGUUGGGUUUUCCCUGCACUUAACACUUGGAGUUGAGGUUGAACCUCCGUUUGAGUGGGAGGGGUUUAUGCACAUGGCACUGUUUUGUUGGAACCGUACUCAACACCAUUCUCAUCCUUCGUUAAAGUCAUUGUCUGGAAUUUUAAAUGUCAUGUCAACCAGGCUUCUGCAUAUAGUUAUUGGUUUAAUUGGUAAUUCUGAUCCUGCCUUCCGUAAGGCAUGCUUGGUAGCUGCUGCUUCUUCACAAUCAAACACGAAUAGCUGGCUUGAUCAAUGCCAAAGAACCAUUUUCAGCUAUUUGAUCAACAAAAUUAGCCGAGAAUUGAGGUUCCAGGAAGCAUUGAAGAGUGUUGAAGCAGCUAUUGAGAGAAAUGAAGACCCAUUUCAGCAGAUCAAGUGGUUAGGAUAUCUGAACCAAGAGAGGGAAAGUGUUGAAGGACAUGAUUGGGAUUUGGAUUGGUAUGUUGGAUCAACAGAGAUUAAAGAUAUAUUUGCUGUAUAUGUUGAAUACAAAGAGAUGGCCGAAAGGGUGUUCAUGGAUGUGAAAUCGAAGUUCUGUAAUGAGGUAUCAUAUGAUGACGUUACUGCAAACUAUAAGCUAUUGCAUGAAAAGUAUGAGGAGGUUAGAAAGCAGUAUAUGAACGGAAUGUUAUCUCUGCAUUCUAUUUGACUGCAUCUGCAUAUGAUGUAUAUUAUGUUAUACAAUGGAAGUGAUUUUUCAUCAAAUCUUGUAAAAAUCUCCUCAUUCGUCUCAAGGUAUCAACCAUCUUUCUCUUCGCA